AUGUCUGCCGCCGUCGAAGCCGCCCCUGCGCCCGCCGCCACCCUCCCGGUCGAGGAGACCACCACGGCUACCACGCCCGCCAUCGUCGAGCCCACCCCGGCCGCCGAGCCCGCCCUCGAGUCGUCGGAGCCCACGACGGCCGCCGCCGCCGACGAGCACCUCGACGGCGCCACCACGCCGCCGCACAAGAAGCGCCAGCCGUUCGCCGUCCUCAACAAGAUCUUCCACCACAAGUCGAACCCGACCUCGCCGACCGCCGAGACGGCCGACCCGAUCAAGGAGACGCAGGCGCCGGCUGCUGUCGUCGACGAGACCCCCGUCGAGGCCGCCAAGCCCGUCGAGACCACUCCCGUCGCCGUCGCCGAGACGCCCGCUGUCGAGGCCGAGGCGGGCCCUGCCUCGCUCGCUGUCGAGGAGGACAAGAAGGACGGCGCCGCCGUCAAGGACAAGAAGCCCAAGAGCCCGGGCGUGUUCGACAAGGUCAAGUCGUUCUUCGGCGAGAAGGAGAAGAAGGACAAGAAGGUCAAGACCCCGACCGAGGAGAAGGCCGAGCCGGUCGCUGUCGAGGCCGUCCCUGUCGCCGCCGCCACCGAGGCCGACGCUCCUGUGGCUGCGGCCCCCGUUCACGCCGCCGAGCCGAGCGUCGUCGCGCCCGAGGCCGUCGCCCUCGCCGAGGCGUCGGCCGCCGCUGCCGCCCCGGUCCCGCAGGUCAUCGAGCCCGUCGCGGGCGAGCCCAUUGUCGAGCCGACCAAGGACGAGCUCGAGGCUGCGGCCACCGCCGUCAAGCCCGAGGUCGCCGUCGCCGAGCCGGUCGCCCCGGUCGAGGAGUCGUCGCCGGCGCCGGCCGCUGUCGAGGCUAAGAGCGACGACGUCAAGUUCGACGAGGCGGCCAAGACGGACGACAAGGCGCCCAAGCGCGACCUCGCCAAGCUCGCCCGCCGCCUCAGCGGCAAGGUCGGCGGCUUCCUCGGCACGCCCAAGAAGGAGAAGAAGGAGAAGGACCUCGUGCCCGCCGUCGCCGCCACGUCGGCUGACGAACCCGCCGCGUCGACCUCGGCUGAGGCGCCCAAGAUCGAGACGCCCGUCGACGAGUCGAAGCUCGACGCUGCUGCGCCCGAGGCGGUCAAGGCCGACGAGGUUGUCGAGCGGGUCAAGGCCGACGAGCCGGUCGAGGCCGCCAAGCUCGACGAGGUCAUCGCCCCGGUCGACACCACCGGCGAGGAGCUCGCCAAGGACGUCGAGGUCAAGAAGGAGGCCGAGCCCUUCGUCGCGACCCCUGCGCCCGUCGCCGUCGUCGCUUGAGCGCGCUCGCGCUCUCUCGCCCUUUCUCUGUCCGCUCCCUCCCACACCCUCUGUCUAGCAUACCCCGCCACUCGUCUGCCCCUCCCUCGCUUGUCUACCCUCUCGUUACCGUGCCGUCGCUCGCCUAAUGUUCGCGCCUCGUCGACUCGACCCUCCCUCCCUCCCCCUCGAUCAUGCCCCCUCGUCUUUGCAGUCACC